AUGCUACGCCUACCCAAUCUCAACCCGCCACCUGCGGCGACGGACCCACACCGCCAACAUUCCUCCCGCUCGAUCAAGAGGGGUGAUUCACGUCGUCCAUCCAGGAUCAUCGAAGGCUGCAGGCAGUACUUUCUCACCGAGGACGACCCCUUGGACACAGUCUUCGAGACGCCGCAGAAGGACAUUCAAUAUGUCGUGUACACCAAAGGCGACCCUGAUGCUACAAUCCGGACUGCCAAGACGCGUGUGGGGUACUGGGACCCUCAGAACGAUAUAUGGGAGCAUGUUAUCGGCGACAUCGAGUGGGGAGGGCUCGCACGUGGAGACUACGUGAAAUCCGCGAUGUUUGAGCGAGGGAAUGGAUACAAGAUCAAGGCAGAGGACCUGCUCUUCGAGCACCCGGAGCUUAGCGAACGCGUUGCCACGUAUACUCCCGGGACACGCUUCUUCACCGUCGGUGGCGAAGACUUCAUGUGGAGAGUGGAGGGGAAGGGUCUUAAGCUCAUCCGCCUCUCAACCGCAGAGCUCUAUGCUGAGUACUUUCCCGGACGUCGUUCUGGGAAGACGCAUUUGCAGGGUUCGCACGCCGGCUGGGCCCAGUUCCGCAUCUAUGAUGCAUGCGCUAUCGACGACUUCAUCGUUCUGCUCACGUUCGUGGUCGCGGAGAAACUCCACCGCGAGGCCGUCAUUGCAGCGGAACGGGCCAAGCGGCGCGAGAAAGCAAAGCUCGCAAAUGUCUUGGACGCUGUUGGGGGAGGUGGUGAUGGUGGAGGAGCCUGA